AACAACAACUUUCUUUAAGAUCUGAAAAAGGGACAUGAGAGUCUUCUAUAGGUACAUUAGAGCCAUGCAUAUGGACGUCCAUAUAUGAAAGUCGUACGACAACCUCUACUCCUGUAAGUAAGGAAUUCCAAAAGCUGAGGGUGCGCUAAAGUCUUUGYUAAAGUUUGGUAUCCCUGUGGGAAGACAAGCGAAUGGACUAUGGGCCUGGGGACAGGACCUGACACUAGACUCCCACUGCCAUAGAUCAUAUGUUUACUAUCCACAACGGCUCAAGCUGGAGAACAAGGGAGUACAGGAAGUGAAGAGCAUCACAGUCCAUUCAUCGUAGACGGUCAUGAUGCGGWUCCGCACGAAUGGCCUUGGCAAGUAAUGUUAAGAAAAUCAGGAAAAUUUGUCUGUGGUGGAUCGCUUAUCAGUGCUGAUUGGGUGCUCACCGCUGCUCACUGUCUGCAUGACAACCCAGACCCAUCCAUUUACACAGUUGAAGUUGGAGCCCACAGGAGAUUGGGAACCACUCCCAUUCAAAAGCGGCUUGCAAUUGCAUCUUUGUGGUUACAUUCCAAUUUCAGCACUGUCAAUCUACGAAACGAUAUAGCACUUUUAUUACUUAACGAAACAGUAAACAUCACCAGUAAAAUCAGGCCUAUCAAACUUCCUCGUCAGGGAAAAAGAAUCAACGCAGGCAAAACUUGCUAUAUAACAGGCUGGGGACGUCUAAGUGGCGAGGGAAUCUACUCUGAUGUUCUUCAAGAAGCUCCUCUGGAUAUUGGUGGUGAAAGUAGUUGCAGAAGCACCAAUGGUCCCAAUUAUGAUAGUGCUACCAUGAUUUGUGCAGGAGCACAAGGAAAAGGCGAGUGUGAAGGUGACAGCGGUGGACCUUUAUCCUGUUAUGAAGGAAAUCAGUGGAUCGUUCGUGGUGUGGUGAGUUGGGGGAAGGAUGGAUGCCUUCCAAACUACUACGCCGUAUUCGCACGAGUGAGCAACUAUGUUGCAUGGAUAUCAAAGAUAAAAGACCAACGAGGGAAUAUAAACUGCACCUUUGAAGACAAUCAGCCGUGCCAAUCUUGGAUUCAAGACAAGUCUGAUAAGUUUGACUGGACCGGMAAGCAAGGACCAACAUCGAGCCCUGGAACUGGUCCAUCAACAGACCAUACAACUGGUUCAGGUCAUUACAUGUACAUCAAUACAGCGCAUUGGAAGAUAAAAUCCGGCGACAAAGCCCGGUUAUACGGCGGAAUUUUAAACAACACUGAAAAAUUAUGCCUUUCCUUCUGGUACCAUAUGUACGGUAGAGAUAUCGGUGCUCUGAGGGUACUCACAAGGGGACGACAGAAGCUAAGUACUGUUUGGUCAAGAAAAGGUCCCAGUGGCAAUAGAUGGCUCCAAGGAAAAACAACCCUUACAGCUCGGGGAGAAUAUUGGCUCAUAUUUGAGGCGAKAUCUGGGAGUGGAAAGGAAGGAAACAUUGCAAUUGACGAUAUUGCUCUAACCAAAGGAUCCUGUUCAAUUUCACAAUCCUGUCGUGAUCAGACGUGUUACAACAAAGGAAACGCAUACUGUUUGAAUAACACAGGAUACUGUUACUGCCAGAGUGGUUCCUAUGGACAACAGUGUGAAUCUUUAUCCUAUAACUGUAGCUUUGACGGAGGUUUAUGUUCCUUAUGGGACCAAGACAMUACAGAUGACUUUGACUGGACUCGAUACCAAGGCUCUACAGUGAACCGUAAAACGGGUCCUUCGAGAGAUCAUACGACUGGAUCAGGUUCGUAUUACUAUCUUGAGACCUCCUUCUCACGAUUUGGUGAUAAAGCUCGCUUGAUAAGCAAGACCUUCCCUGCCACAAAGGACAUGUGUUUUACCUUUUGGUAUCAUAUGUAUGGCAAAGAUAUCAACACCUUGAGAAUCCUACUGAAGAAAGCUAGUCAACAGAUUGUUGUUUGGUCCAGAAAGAUUCAGAGUGGCCUCGAUAGAUGGCUUGAAGGAAAAGUCACCCUUAGUAGUGACGACCCGUUUAAGGUUGUAAUCGAGGGUAUUGCAGGGAACGGUUACCUUGGAGAGAUUGCUAUAGAUGAUGUAUCCUUCGUGAGCGGAACUUGCAGUGUAUCAAAAUCAUGUCGCGACCAGACCUGUUACAACGAUGGUCAUGCUUACUGCUUGAACAACACGGGACAUUGCUACUGCCCUGAUGAUUCUAUUGGUCAGCAAUGUGAAAGGUACAGAUGUGAUUUUAAUAAAGACUGGUGUGGGUCUUUAUGGAACCAAGACAGGACUGAUGUCUUUGACUGGACACGAAACAGAGGUCCAACACCUGUUGCAAAUACUGGUCCUUCAGAAGAUCACAUUAGCAAAGUCGAUGUUACUUAUCAAAUAUCAGUGCAGAGCAACUGUAAAUAUACUACAAUAAACAAGGCAAGCGGUCGAUUUACAUCACCUGGCUAUCCUGAAAAGUAUAGCAACAAUCAAAACUGCGAGUGGCUGCUGACUUCCAACGGAAGGAUUUCUCUUUCGUUUGAAAGCUUUGCAACUGAACACUGCUGCGAUAGGGUUUAUGUUUACGAUGGCGGAUCAAAGUUAUCCAAAUUACUUGGGGAUUUCAGUGGGAACAGGCUCCCUUCAAAUCUCUCCAGCUCGUCUUACCAAUUGUUUGUCGUGUUUAAUUCUGAUGGAUCAGAUACGGAUCGUGGUUUUUCCGCAAAAUAUGCCUCAGCUGGAAAAGCAUCGGGUUACUAYAUAUACACAGACACCAACAAGUAUAGAAAAUUCGGCGAUACAGCUCGUUUUGUCAGCAAACUUCUUCCUGCUACAAAGAAUACUUGCCUUUCAUUUUGGUAUCACAUGUAUGGCCGUGACAUUAACACCCUUAGAGUCAUUUUAAAGACCAGUCUUAAGAAUACUACUGUUUGGUCCAGAAGGAAUGACAGUGGCAACAGGUGGUUGGAAGAAAAGUUAAAUUUUGCUACAACUAARAAUUAUCAGCUCGUCUUCGAGGGAGUUGCUGGUAGUGGCAUUUUAGGACACAUCGCUCUUGACGACAUAUCAAUAUWCAAAGGGUCGUGCAAUAAUUCAAAUAUAACUGAAACAACCCCGAUACCAAGUACAACAGCAACAACCAAAAGAACAAGUACAAUUAAGACGACAACAGCAACAACCCAGAGAUCGUGUAUGUAACGAUUCCAGUGCUUCAUCUUCUCAUUUUGGAUAUUUUGUUAGAAUGAAUUACCAAMUUAAAAUAGGGAAAUAYAUCAGUAAGGUGCUGAGGCCUCCUGCUAGUCGCACCACAUAAUGAGAAGUAGACUGAUGACUGCGCAGAUAUUAACUACUUUACUAAUGCUUGCAGUAAAAUAAAAUGAUGGUUUAAGGAAUUUCAACCAUUAGCUGUUCGCCAAUUCCUUGUUAGCACACUAAGACACUAUUCUCUWUGGUAGCUCGUCAUUAAUCCACCAGUUGAGCUCCUCCAUAUGGSAUCACCUGAUAUUUAUUCAGCUCAUAAUGCAGUGCGCUACGGCUUCUGGGGCUUGUUGUACGAAGUGUGGAUAAAGUUAUCCUCACCAUAGAUUUAUAUGAAUUGCAUCCUCUGAACAAUAAUCUAUUUGGCGGAAAGUGCUAUUCCCACUUGGUAUAACUGCCUCUACGGUGUUUUUGUAUAACAAAUUCGCACCAACUGAUUCGAUCUCUGUGCCGUGAUGAUUACUAUAUCAUGAUAUUCACUGAUGACCGGUCAUUUAUUUCAUUUAAAUCUUAGCAACAAGCAAAUCUACUGAAA